UUGAGAUACCAAGAAUCGUGUCUUGGUUGAUGCUAUCCUUUAUACUCUGUCGCGAAGUUCCUGCACUUUUUCAAAAGGUUUCGAGGUUGCUUGCUGCUCUGUUCAUUCUUUCUACCUCAAUAAGGACUUUUUCUUUGUCUUCGGGUAAGGCACUCUCUGAAAGUCAGUGGGCCUCAUAUUUUCAUCAAGCUUCACUUGGUGCUCAUCUUAACCACCAGCUCUUUACUAGUAUGAUUGGGAAGCAAAAAGCCCAAAAUCCUAUGGAUCUUGAGGUUUCUUGUCCAUCUAGUGCAACUUUCAUUGGUUCAGCAAGAAUCAAGGCACUCAGGUUUGCACCUGAAUUGCUUCAAGAUCUUGAAGGAUAUGUUGUAAAAUUUUUUGAGCGUCUUCCUCGUACUACGGUCAUAUGUGUUAGCUUGCUCGGAGGCGCUUAUACCAGUUUGUUGAAAGAAUUGUUGCUUUAUCCUUCCUCCAUUCAUGCAUGGAUUCUUUUUUCCCGGCUGAAGUCAAAUUGCCAACCUGUUGUCAUACUUUUACCUGUGGAUUCAAUCUUAGAAGUCGGAUCAGAUGAUGAUGCAAAUUCUGGCUCUGGGAUCCCGUAUGAUGACAAAAAAAUUGUUCAAAGGUGGCACUGUCCUUGGGGCUACACAGCGAUUGAUGAUGUAGCCCCUUUGUUCAGACAGAUAUUGGAGCAGAACUAUUUAUCAUCUUCAAUCUAUCCUUCAGAAGAUACAAAAAAGAACAGGUCAUUAUGGUGGAUGCAGAGGAAGAGGCUUGAUCGGCACCUUGCUAAAUUGUUGAGUGAUUUGGAAGAUUCAUGGUUUGGUCCUUGGAAGUACCUACUUUUGGGGGAAUGGUCAGGUUGCAAGCACCUGGAUUCUGUACAAAAGAAACUGGCAGAUGAUUUGAAAUGUGAAUAUAGGGUGGAUGUACAAGAGAGUCUUCUGAAAGUUAUUCUUGGAGGUGCUAAAUAUGUCUCUGAAAGAGAAGAAUGUGUUUUACAGCUGAUAUUAAACAAAGGAUGUUAUAUUGGUGGGGAGGAAUAUCGUGAUCAUGGAAUGUCCAGUACAUUGCCUAACACUUGUACUGGAGUAGAAGGUGUGUCCCAAUCAGUCUUCAAACUGAUACUUGAAACAGCCCAUGAGAUCGAAGAACAAGAAUGUGUAAAUAGAGAACCAAUUAUUCUUGUUUUGGAUUUUGAGGUGCAGAUGCUUCCAUGGGAGAAUCUACCAAUACUAAGAGAUCAAGAGGUCUAUCGCAUGCCCUCUGUUGGCAGCAUCUCUGCCACACUUGAGAGAUGCUGCCACCCUCAACAACACAUUGGGGUUGAUGCUUCAGUAUUUCCGAUUAUAGAUCCUCUGGAUGCCUAUUAUGUGUUGAAUCCCAGUGGUGAUCUUAGUGGCACACAGAUUGAAUUUGAGAACUGGUUUAGAAAUCAAAACAUUGAGGGAAAGACAGGAAUUGCACCAACAGUUGCAGAAUUGACUGUCGCCUUGAAAAGCCAUGACCUCUUUAUUUAUUUUGGCCACGGAAGUGGGGCACAAUAUAUUCCUGGGCAGGAGAUUCAGAAACUUGAAAGCUGUGCUGCUACUCUCCUGAUGGGCUGCAGCAGUGGAUCUCUAUCUCUGAAUGGGUGUUACACCCCACAAGGUGCUCCCCUCUGCUAUCUUUUAGCAGGUUCUCCAGUUAUAGUUGCUAAUUUAUGGGAGGUGACGGACAAGGAUAUUGAUCGAUUUGGUAAAGCCAUGCUUGAUGCAUGGGUCAGAGAAAGAUCGGCUGCUUCAAUAGAUUGUUCUCAGUGCAAUUUAAUUUCAAAUGAAUUUAAGUCCAUGAAUAUAGGUGGGUCUAGACGAAAUGGUAAGAAAAAAUUGUCAAGGAAGAAAUCACCUGAAGCUUGCAAUAUUAGUGCAUGUAAUGAUAGUUGUAACCACAGACCAAAGAUUGGAUCAUUUAUGAGUCAAGCUCGAGAAGCUUGCACUCUUCCUUUUUUGAUUGGAGCAUCACCAGUGUGUUACGGAAUCCCAACUGGUAUAAAGGAAAAGAAAGAUUUGUAGCAUUGUGUAAAUCUAUUGUGCCCCUUAAAUAGUGUAUCCUCAAAUCGUGGACCUCUUGUUCUCCAUUCUUUUACACAAGAUCACGUGGCGCAACCUGCUGGCCAUUAAGAUUUUCCAUACACAGGAUUACUGUAGCUUCCCCUUCUGGUUUCUGAUACUGAAAUGAGGUUGCUGUCCUUUUUCUCCUGUUACCCCCUUGUAUGGGUCACCUGUUUUAAAGUUGUGACGGUACGAGAAUAUCAUAUAUUUAAAUUUGAUUUGUAUGUAAUGCCACGGC